CAUCUCACCCCCUGCCUUUCUUCUCUCUUCCCAGAGUGAUGGCUCAGCUCACACAGUGGCUUUGGAGACAUGAAUACUGGCUACCUCCAGGAUUCACCUGGGAGGACAUGCAGGAGACGGAGGACGUCCACUAUCCCCAACCCCAUCACCUCCUGUUCGGCCUCCCCAUCGCUCUCCUGAUGGCCGCCCUCCGGUUCUUCUUUGAAAGGAAAAUUGCCAUCCCCUUGAGCAAAAAGCUGGGUUUGCAAGAAAAGGUGAGACAGAAACCUCCUCCAAACCCGAUUCUGGAAGCUUUUUACACAAAGUGGAGGAAAAAUCCCCAAAAGGAAGAAGUCAGCGGCUUAGCCAAGCAGUGUGACCUCCAACCAAGGCAGGUAGAGAGAUGGUUCCGGUACCGACUGAAUCAGAACCGGCCCAGUGUGACCAAGAAAUUCUGUGAAGCCAGCUCGAGAACUGUGCAUUCCCUUAUUCACCUCUUCAUUGACUUGGCCAUCCUUUAUGAUAAACCCUGGUUCUGGAAUGCCCAUGAAUGUUUGGAUGGGUACCCACAGCAGCCCGUCCAGCUGAGCCUUUUGAGCUACUACCUCAUGCAGUUCUCCUACAACUGCUCCUUGAUCAUGACAAUUCCUUUUGACGUCAAACAGAAGGACUUUAAUCUGUUAAUUGUCCACCAUGUGACCACCGUCUUGCUCAUUGGCUUCUCCUAUUGCACCAAUUUCAUCCGUAUCGGUUUAGUUGUCAUAUUUCUACAUAAUAUUCCCGAUAGUCUGCUGUUUGGUGCAAAGAUGUUUAACUACCUGAAGUGGAAGAAAACCUGCAACACACUCUUUACCAUUUUCUCAGUGCUAUUCCUCUUUGCUCGUGACAUCGUUUUCCCUUACAAGGUUCUCAACACCACAUAUUACUAUUUGGCGGAGCUCCACCCGCCUUAUUUUGGCUACUACUUCUUCAAUGCCUUCCUGAUGCUCCUGCAUCUUGUCAACAUUUUAUGGUCCCGCCUGAUCAUCCUCGUGAUUUAUAGGUUCCUGAUCCAUGGCAAAGAAAAGGAUGUGCGGAGCGAGUCAGAGGGCAGCGAGGAAGAGGAUGUGGAUGAAGUGGACCAGAAGGCGGAACAAAAAAUCAACAACAAAACAUCACCAUCAUCAAGGAAGUGUGCAGCAGGUGUCCAGAUGAAAUCAUAGACACUGACACGAAUUUCUAGUUUUCUAUAAAUAAAUAUUUUUCACAUUCGUAUUUACAGCAGACAGGGAUGCCACACAGAGGAGGGGGUCAAGCUAUUUUCCAAAGCACCUGAAGGCCAGACAAGGAAUAAUGGAUGGAAACUGACCAAGGAGAGAUUCAACCUAGAAAUAAGGAGAAAUUUCCUGACAGUGAGAACAAUCAACCCAUGGAACAGAAGUUGCCUUCAGAUGUGGGAGCUUCAUCACUGGGAGCUUUCAAGAAGAGAUUGGAGUGCCAUCGGUCAGAAAUGGUGUGCGGUCUCCUGCUUGGGCCCCAGGGUGCUGUCAGGCUUCGGUGCUAUCUUAAAUAAACUUCAUUCUCAAACGCAAA